AUGGCAUUGGUUACAAGAAGCACUGAAAACACCCAAAUCAGUUGCGCAAUUAAGGCAAGCACUGAAUUUGUAAGGAAUUUACACCGUGAUGGAUUAGAUCGUGGAUGCAUUGCUACAUUUAAUAGUAGGAUGAUUGUACGACAGAACUUCACUAGAAAUGAAGCAUCACUUUACCGUUCUCUUAACGGAUUAAAGAAUUAUGUUAAUGGUUCCACUCGUCUUUAUGACAGUAUAGUUGAUAUAAUAAAAGCCUUCCACACUAGUGGUGAACGUACUCGUCCUUGGAUUUUGGUUGUCGUUACUGAUGGUGAUGACACUGGCAGUACUCUUAGUUUACUUAAAUGCGCUGGUGAAAUAUCACGCUUAUUUACUAAAGAUUCUAGUAACUUUUUGUUUCUUGUGGGUGUUGGUGACAAUGUGAAUUCAACCAAGAUGGAACAGAUGGCUAAUGCUGGCAACUUCAUCUACUUUCCUGUUAAAGACUUUUUCCUUCUUGAACUUGUAUUCCUGACUAUCGCCCAUAAAAUUACUACCUCUCUAUCUCUCUCUCUUGGCAGUCUAUCUGUUGGUAACUAUUCCGCUUCAUGGGCCGAAGUACAAAGGCAUAGAAAUCUCAGCCAGGUCGCCAUCGAUUAUGCCCUAUUGAUCGAUGUAUCUAGUUCAAUGAAUUCUGUAAUAAGACUACCUGCUCCUCAAUGUUUUGCGGGUCAUAACUUGAAACAAAAAUAUCAAAAAGGAGAAUGGUGGUGUGAUGUGUGUGGAAAGGAUGGUCUAACAACGAAUUCUCAAUAUCAUUGUGACAUUUGCAGUUUUGAUGCUUGUUCUAGCCAUUGCAAACCUAGUGAAGUAUGCGAACCUAAAAGUCACUGCCAGAGACGUCAUCCUCUUCGUUAUGUACAAACUCCUAAAAUGUGGAUGUGUGAUGAAUGUAGAAAAUUUUGUUAUGGUAGACGUUUACAGUGUAAACAAUGCGAUUAUGAUAUGUGCUCAUCAUGUUUGGAAAAUGAAAAUCUUGCUUAUUUGAUGACAAGUUUGCUCAUCAAAAGAUAA